AUGGCCGAAUGUUGUGUUGUCGUCGUCGUCGCCUUGAUGAUGUUGUUGGGGGCUGUGGUGGGUCAGACUACGGAGGUUCACGUACAGACAACCAUAUCUCAGCAUGGAACAACAGAAUCACGUUUCGGAGGACGUUCUGCAAAGCAAGAUUUGAGGAGCGGCGACAGACUGAACAAUGCCAGUGUGGGUUCUACUCCAGCGAAAUGUACCACUGGUGGAAGUGGGAACAAUGCCUCUGAUGGAUGUUUUGACGAUACUUCAGACGACCCACGCAACGACACCGGCGCCAUCGUUGUUAAGUGCAACGAAGAAGACGGUAACAUUACUAUUUGCAAGACAACAAAUACUAAAAGGGUUUCCCUCAUAUCCAUGGGCUCUCUCAGCAAGGCCAAUUACGUAAAAGGGGAGAAGAUAUGCAGAUAUAUCUAUUACCCACUGCUGACCAGUGCAAUUCUCUUCAACACAUUCAAUCUGAUGGUGUACACGGACCCCGCCAUGAGGAGUCCCACAAGCACCUACCUGAUAGCUCUCGCCACUGACGAACUCCUCUUUGCCUUAGUAUCUUUUUCGAGGCACAUUCUUAGACAAAUAUACGGAACGGACGCUGUCAAGAAACAAGCCUAUCUGUAUUUUGCUUUGUUUGGAUCAAAUUUCUUUUUGGCGACUCUCCGAGUCCUGAUGUACUGUUUGACUGUUCUGGUGUCCACAGAACGCUUCCUUGCUGUUGGCUUCCCUUUGAAGUCUAGAAACUUUCGUCUAAUCAAAUCACCAAUUAUCUUUAUAAUAUCGGUGACGAUUAUAUGCUUUUCUUGUCAUUUACCGGGAGCAUUUAAAUACGAUAUCGUUCCCAAACUAAACUCGACAGACUAUACCAUAACUCCGUCGGCGAUGUACAUAAAUAACAGGGACCUCCUUAUUGGUCUUGGAAUGGCCAACAAAGUACUGUUCACCUACAUCGUCCUCGUGUGCGGCCUCAUCAUGAACCUGUGCGUCCUCCUGGCUCUCAGGAUGCACAGCAAGAACAGAGCGAAGAUGAACACGACUGUGGACGCAGAGAAGACGGCAAAGCGAGAGAGGCAGACGACAAUCACCAUCCUGACGUCGACGUUCCUCUUCACAGUGCUGGCAAUUCCUCUGGCAACAGACUCGGUGGUCCAGACAUUUGUGACUGACUAUAAUAUAUAUAGGAAGGAACAUUAUGUCAACAUGCUGAUGAAAGACGUCAACGGUUUACUUAUCAUGUUCAGCCUUUCCACCGACUUCGUGUUCUACAUUGCACUGAGUAAGGCCUACCGACGAACCUUCUUCAGACGACUUCCGUUCAUGGCCACGAUCUGCAGACGACAGAAGUAUGUGCAAAACUCGUUUCGGACUCAGUCUCAAGCACACGUUACUGGAACAUCUAGUGUAUGUGCAUGA